GAUUCCACUGCUUCGCCACCUUCCUCCUCUGUCCCAAUCCCAAUUCCAACUCAAUCCAUUUUCCUUUCCAUUUCUUCAUCAUCUUCUUCUUCAGAGAUGUUUAGGGUCGUAUCUCGUGUCUCAAGAACAGUGUGCCGAAGCUCCAUGCUUUUCUCUGCUUCGCAGAAGCCCCAACCCUUCUCCACCACUCUCUCCAAUCACCACUUCCAUUUCCUCGUUCAUCAAUCACCCAAUAAGAUGAUUCCAAUUCAAGCCAUUUUGAUGAAUCCACCAAUAAACUCAUCCUUGACUCCAAGAUUUGGAUUUUCUUCGGUGGCCUCACCAGAACCUACAAGUGAUGAACCUACAAAAACAAGUGAAGAAGCUGAGGUAACUGAUCAAUCUGAACAAGCCAAAGCUGCAGACCAAACCAAAGAAUCAGGUAUAGAGAGUGAAUGUGAACUAUCGAGGGAUGAUUUAAUAAAGCUUGUUGCUGAGAAGAAAGAACUUUUGAAAUUGAAGCACAAAGAGAUUGAGAAAAUGCAGGACAAAGUUCUACGUACUUAUGCAGAGAUGGAGAAUGUGUUGGACAGGACAAGACGUGAAGCAGAGAAUUCAAAAAAAUUUGGUAUACAGAAUUUUGCAAAGAGUAUACUGGAUGUUGCUGACAAUUUGGGAAGAGCUUCCUCCGUUGUAAAGGACAGCUUUUCAAAAAUUGAAUCACCUAAGGACUCUGUUGAAGCAGCACAACUCCUGAAAACACUUCUGGAUGGUGUUGAAAUGACUGAGAAACAACUUGCAGAGGUACUUAAAAAGUUUGGCGUAGAAAAAUUUGAUCCUACAAAUGAGCCGUUUAAUCCGCACAGGCAUAACGCCAUCUUCCAAAUACCUGAUGCCUCUAAGCCCCCAGGCACUGUUGGAGUUGUUCUCAAGGCAGGAUAUAUGCUUUAUGAUCGUGUUAUUCGUCCAGCGGAAGUUGGUGUAACCCAAGAAGCAGAGAAUAACAAUGCAGCAGAGUGAUUGUGGCAUGAAGAAAAUGCCUCGGCACUAGUUCUCUUUUGCAGGACUGUAUUUUGUCCUGCACGCAAAGGACUAUUCUUUUCUCGUUAUAUCCAAAGUUUUAUUUUGUUUUGUAAUAACAAAAUGUCAUACUAUGGGUUUAUUCCAUGGGAUUUUGGUUGUAUUCAUGCUAUUUACAGAUUCAUUGUAGUGAUAUCUUUUGUAGUGGGACCUCUACAUACCCGCACUAAAUUAAGGAAAUUCCAGUCCCUUUCUUUAAACAAAUCAUGAUUUAUAAGUGGUGAAGACCAGUCAUUGUAAGAUUUGAAGUUAGUCUUGAGAGGAUGCAGUUUUUUUAUUUUAUUUGUUUUGCUGUC